AUGUUCGGUUGGUUGCGUGAUGUACUUUCCAAUACUCCAUCAUCUUUCGGUUAUCAUCAUUCAAAUACACCUUCAUCAGUUUUUCGUCAACAAAAACAAAAACAAAAAGAACGAAUUUCUUCCGAUGAUGAUGAUAAUAUUAAUCAAUUAAAUGAUAAUUCAUUUUAUCAUAAUCCAUAUCAUUCAAGUGGACAAAUGAAUUAUAUCGAUGUUCCACAACAACAAUAUACUAAUGAUCAUACUUAUCCAACUUAUCUUGCACGACAACAAUUAUCUGAUACAACAAAUCAAACACUUGAUGAUCAAAUUCACUCGAAAUUAUUAUCACUAAAACAACGUUCAACUCAAGUUCAAUGUUAUGCACAUAGACAAAAUAAUUAUGCAUUUAGAAAUAGAUCUAUACCAACAACAGUUCCAUCUUCAACACUUCAUUCUUCAUUAAUUUCUAGUCGAAACGAACAAAGGAAAAUUGAUAAUGAGGAGCGGUCUGAUGACGAUGAACAAGGAGAAGAAGAAGAAGAAGAAGAUGAUGAUGAUGAUGAUGUCGAUGAUGACAGUGAUGAUGGUGCUAAUCAUGAUGGUGAUAAUAGAAGAUCAUCAUCACUUGGAAAUUAUCAUGGUAUUCCGGGUUAUUAUUCUGGUCAAUAUCCAAAUAUUGAUGAACAAUUUGAUUUUGCAUCGGUUGUUUUUUGUCCAAACAGUCAUAAUUAUGUUCAUUCUGAAAGAGAUGAAUAUAAUAAUCAUCAUUAUUCCAUAAGUAGUAAAAGUCCAAUAAUAUCAAAAAUAUCUAAUGAAGAAAAACUUUUAUCCAAUGAUGAUGAUAAUAAACGACCACACAUUCCAUUAUCAUCAUCAAAAGCCAAAUGGAUUGACGCUGUACGAACAGUAACACAAUUAAAUCAAGAAAGAAUGUAUUCAAAUCUUAAUUCUGUUAUAAUAUUUGAUCGAGAUCGUUCAUUAGAAACAACAUCAGAUGUUGGAGAAUAUUUAUAUGAUAAUGAUUUAGAAUGGGAUCAAUCAGAUUUGAUUUAUCAUUUACCAGAGUCUGAUGUAUUAUCAUCAUAUGAUAUUAAUGAAAUUGCUGAAAUAUUACAUAAUCAUUAUCUUGAGUUUAAUAUAUCAUCACAAAUAGAUGAAUGUUCAACACCUAUUUGUCAAUCAACAAUAAAUGAUAUUAUUAUUCCUAUAAAAUCAAAUAAUGAUUCAAUAAUAAGACAUCGAUUGUAUCGAAGUUUAUCUAAUUUAAAUUUAAUAAAACAACAAAAAACAUAUUUUAUUUUAUCAAAACAUUUAUCAUUAAUGAAUAUUAAAUCAAUUGAAUGUCAAUUUUUAAAACAUUCAACAUCAUGUAAAACUAUUUUAACAAAAGAAAAUAAUCGUCAAUCAUUUCUUUCUAUACCUCAAUCAAUUGAAUUUCAAUCAGAACCAAAAUUAAUUAAUACAAUAACAAAUAUCAACAUUUCAUCUUUAUCACAAUUCGAAUUAAUUCAUUCAUAUUUAACUCAAUUGAAAAAUAAAGUUUAUUCAUUUACUUUACAAAUAUUUCAAUCAACAAAAAUACCUCUUAUUACAACAGAAGAAAUUAUUCAAACUUAUGACAUUAUUGAAGAAUAA